AUGGCCGACACUCCCAAGGAAGACUCCUCGAAGUACACCUUCACCCCCAUCCACCCCUUUGAGAUGGAUGCUCCCAAGACCUGGGGCGGCACCAUUGGCCAGCUGAACUGGGACACUGACAAGAUUGUGUUCUCGAAGCGCUCGCUCCUCGAGUUCCUCAAGUCGUGCCAGCUCACUGUCAACACCAACUACACCGAGAUCCAGAAGCUUUACGCCACCUUUGGACGCCUGUCGCAGGCCGCUACCGACGCCGCCGUCGCCGACCUCGUCGAGGCCGAGAUUGCCGACCCCUCGCACGAUGACGAGCCCAAGUCUGGCUCGACUGGCGCCCGCCCCUCGCGCAAGGUCGUCGACCCUCCCGGAGGCAAGCAGAACAUUCGUCUCUUUGGCGAGGAGUACGAGGAGACCGAUGCGCUCUCGCUCGCUCCCCCUCCCAACGGUGGUUCAGGUGUUGAUGUCGACAUUGAGCGCAUGGAGCACCUCAAGGUCCACGUCGAGCCCGAGGUCGACGGCGGUGCGACUGUCACCGACAUCAAGGACGCCGCCGCCUCUGCCGCUGACAACUCUGCUGACCGCGUGUCCAACCCCCCUUCCAACUUCCGUCCUAGCCGCAAGGUCCGCGAGGGCCCUGGCGGCGCGACCUCGCUUGGUGCGGCGUUCUUUGGCGGCUACGAGGACGAGACUGACGCGGACCGCGAGGCGGCGCGUGCUCCCUCUGGCGGCAAGAAGCCCGCCAACCAGCAGUCGAGCGGCAACCUGUGGUAG